AUAGCAAAGUUGUCGCAUAAAAAAGGGGAAUUUCCUCAAGUCACUUCACCGAGCUUGGAUUUGAAGCCAAGGAACCCCAAAGUUGACCAUCUUGCCAUCCCUUUUUUGGUUUCAAAAGGAAAAAAAGAAAACCCAACCGUUCUUCGCAUAAAAAAAAAAAAAAAACCCCUGCAAGAAUGCCUUCUUUUGAUCUCAAACAACUUCACGAAAACCUAUCUACUCACUCUACACCUUGGCAACGAUCCUUUCAAUUCUGGGCUAGGGCUGCUGAUAUCUACACUGGUUAUAAGGUGUUUCAAGUUAGGGUUAGUUUUGAGAAAGAUGUGCAGAAGGCAGAGGAAAUGUGGGAGAGACACCAUGAACAUGCUGCUGAUAAAAUUUAUUCCAUGUGUUAUGAUAUGGGUGGGUUCUUUCUCAAGGUUGCUCAAGUCGUUGGGAAGCCGGACUUGGCCCCAGCUGCAUGGGUGAGGAAGUUGGUAACUCUAUGUGAUCAUGCACCUGAAACCCCAUCUAAUGUUGUGCGGCUUGUUCUCGAGAAGGAGUUGGGUAAAACGGUUGAUGAAAUGUUUGAAAGAUUCGAAUGGGAUCCUAUCGGCUCUGCUUCAAUUGCACAGGUUCAUCGAGCUAGGCUGAAAGGUGAUAAGAAAGAUGUCGUUGUGAAGGUACAACAUCCCGGUGUUCAAGAUUUGAUGAUGACAGAUCUUCGGAAUUUACAAACUUUUGCAUUAUGCUUACAAAAGACGGAUCUCAAGUUUGAUCUGUUCUCCGUAUGCAAAGAAAUGGAAAAACAGAUAGGGUAUGAAUUCGAUUUUAAGAGAGAAGCCGAUGCUAUGGAAAGAAUUAGAAGUUUUCUAAGCGAAAACAAUAGAAAGACGGUUGUUAAAGUGCCACGGGUGAUCCGGGGUGUGGUCACGAGGAGGGUCUUGGUGAUGGAAUAUAUCGAUGGAAUCCCGAUCUUGAACCUCAAAGAUGAAAUUAUGAAAAGAGGAAUAGAUCCCGAUGGUAAGAUCGCAGCAGCAGCAAAGCAGAACAUCCUAAAAAGUUUGACUCUUGCGUAUGGACAAAUGAUACUCAAGAGUGGUUUUUUUCACGCAGAUCCCCACCCCGGAAAUAUUCUCAUUUGUAAAGGCUCGGAGGUUGCAUUGCUUGACUACGGACAAGUCAAAGAACUUCCUAACCCGUUGAGGCUUGGUUACGCUAACUUGAUUCUUGCUAUUGCCGAUAAUGAUCACAUGCGGGUAUCCGAGGGCUUUAGGGAGCUCGGAAUAGAUACCGUGAACCUAUGCGAGAAUGAACGGGCAGAAUUGUUUAACCUGGCACAAGUUAUGUUCGACACAAAGCUGCCGCCCGGAGUCAAGAUGUUGCAGCCGUAUGCAGAGGAUGCUACGUUAAAGAAGAUUGCUGUUCAGUCCUUCCCAGAGGAGCUGUUUUCCGUUCUACGCACAGUGCACUUGUUGAGAGGACUUAGCGUCGGUCUUGGACUCAACUACUCGUGUGCCGAGGAGUGGCGACCCAUAGCCGAGGAAGCUCUGUAUCUUUCCGGCAGACUAAGAGCCGAGGAUCUGAAGUCCAAAAACCGUCGGAAAUGGAGGUUUUUCAGAAGAUGAUCGAUCAUCGGACCACUGUAGUUACAGAUCAUUCGGUUUCUAUUAAGUUUGAUAAAUUAUCCAUUUGUUAGAAUCAUUCAGUCAUAGGGGCUGUUUGGCAAUUGCUGAAUAAUUUGGUGCAGAAUGAUUAAGUGGUCAGA